AUGGCAGCAGAAGCCCGUGAAGCAGCCGCAGUCACUCCCAGGUCUGGAGCUGAAAAGUUCCUGCCAAAGCAGGCCCUCAGCCCAACCCAGCCUGGCCUGACAAAUCUACCCCAGAAUGUGACCCAGCCCAACCUCCUGCGUCUAGAACGGCACCAGGAGAAGCCCAGGAAGAGGGGCCGCAUUCUCAAGGAGCUGGGUGCUUGCCAUGUUGUCAUCGCUCUGCUAUACUUGAUCCUUGGGAGUUACCUGGUCGCUGCCGUCCAGAACCUUCACCUGGUGGUGGUGAAGUGCUGGUAUCCGUUCUGGGGGGCUGCCUCUUUCCUCAUUUCAGGGAUCUUGGGGAUCACAGUGGAGAUGUUUCGGAAAAAUUAUCUGGGGGUGUGCUUGGUAGCAAACACCAUCAGCUUCCUCUGUGUGCUGGCUGGCCUCUUUGUCAUUGCCAAGGAUCUCUACUUGGAGACUCCAUUUGACUUUCCCUUCUGGAAACCAUACCCCAAUGACACCGUCCACCUCCAGAGGCUGGUGCUGGCCCUGCUCUGUGUCACCUGCCUGGAGGUCUUCCUGCCGUGGCUUAUGGCCGUCAUGGCCUACAAGCAUACCCGCCUGUCUGCAGAGGAGGAUGAACUGUCCCUUGUUCCCGACACACCGGUGCAGCUCAAGUUGCCACCGAUGACACCUCCACCAUCCUACGAGGACGUGACUCAAGGCGGCAUGCUGGACAGGCAGGAAUACAGGGCCUCAGUGUCUCCAUCUGUACGGUGAGGGGGCGGGUGAAAGAAGUGAUCCAGGUGGUCAAGUUCAGGAUUCCGGCUGUGACAUCCAAGGUCACCAGUGAAGCUUCAGCCUUGGAAUUCCA